ACGGGUUGUGGCAAAUCCUCGCUUAUGAACGCAUUGUUUCGCUUGAAUCACAUCACAAAAGGAAAGAUACUGAUAGACGGCGCGGACAUCACUAAAAUACCCACUCAUCUGCUCCGUAGCCGACUGUCGGUCAUUCCUCAGGAUGUGGUCCUCUUCUCGGGAACCAUUCGCGAUAACAUGGAUCCCAACCACUCGAUCUCAGACGACAAGAUAUGGUCGGUAUUGAAUGAACUGAAUCUGAAGCACAGCAUCGGCUCUCUGGAGGAGAUGAUCACCGAAGAGGGUCUGAAUCUGAGCGCCGGCCAGAGGCAGAUGCUGUGCAUCGGUCGGGCCCUCCUUCGGGACUCGCAGAUACUUAUUAUGGAUGAGUCGACCUCAGCGUUGGACGAAGAGUCGGAACAACUGAUACUGGAUCUGAUACACAAGUCUAAUAAGACUGUCAUUAGUAUAGCACACAAGUUGUCCAAUAUAUUGAAUUACGAUAAGAUUGUUGUUGUGGACAACGGACUCAUCGCCGAAAGUGAAUUGGAUAUCAAAUGGCAACAAAAAUAUGGCAAAAUCUAUGGGGUAUACGAGGGAACAGCACCCAUAUUAAUGGUGUCGGACCCGGAGCUCAUCAAACAUAUUCUGGUCAAAGAUUUUGACAUAUUUGCGGACCGAUACCCAAAUUCUAAAAGCAAUAAACACCCGAUUAUUGGCAAAAUGUUGACUGAACUUCGGGGCGACGACUGGAAGAGAGUCCGAUCCAUAACCAGCCCUGUAUUCACUUCCCUUAAAUUGAAGGCAAUGUAUCCAACGGUGAGACAGUCUGUGGAGGGGUUUGUCAACACUUUGGACACGUAUGCGAAAGACGAGGGAAUGAUCAACGCUAAGGAUAUGUUUGGUUGCUAUACAAUGGAUGUCAUCUCAAACUGCGCUUUCGGUAUCAAAAGCGAUGCUUAUAAAGACCCAAACAAUCCGUUUGUAGUGAACGGAAAAGUCGUUAUCGAAGUUCCCGUUUGGAAAGUAUUAUUACCGGAGUUUGUGUUAAAUAUGUUGAAUAUAAAGACAUUUUUUAGUGAAAAUGUUAGGAAAGGAAAGGAUGGACACGAAGCCAACUGUAUUGAUGGCGGCGAAGAAGAGUCAGGUAUUGAGAAGAAAAUACUAGAUAUAAAAGCGCCGAAUAAAUUCCUAACAGAGGAUGAGAUGAUAGCCCAGGGAUUCAUAUUCUUUGCCGCCGGAAACGUUACGGCAAACAAUACAAUGGCCUUCUGUUCCUAUGAAUUGGCACUCAAUCCAGAAGUGCAGCAAAAACUA